UAGCGAGGAGCGCGGCCAAUGAGAAACGCAAUUGCUUGGCCCCCGCGGGUCCGCAGUCCAGCCGGAGUGCGCCUGCGCGCGGCUGGUUGUUGGGGGGGCGCGCGGGGCUCCAGCCUGGAAGGUACCAGCGGGGCUGGGUCCCGGAGUGGGAAACGUGGAGUGCAGGUUGGCUAGACCGUGUCUGGGGGGGCCGGCCCCCCCUCUCCUUGCGGUGAGCCCGGACCGGCGCGCUCACUGCGCAGACUCCCCGCUGCAGAGGGCGGAGCCCCCUUGGGCCCCGCCCCCUCCUCCCUCCCGCCCCUGCUCAGCCUGUUGGGGCAGAAGCUGGGGCCCCGUGGAGGUAGCAGCAGCUGUCUGCCGAGUAAGGCCGAGGCCUCUCUGGGCCUAGAACACCCAACAGAGUCCCAGCUUCUGAUCCCCGCAGUUUGGAGACCCUGACACACCCACUUUUGCACCUGGGACCUGCAUAACCCCUGACUGCCAGCGCGAUGAAGCCUAAACUGAUGUACCAGGAGCUGAAGGUGCCUGCUGAGGAACCUGCCAACGAACUGCCCAUGAAUGAGAUCGAGGCAUGGAAAGCUGCAGAAAAGAAAGCUCGUUGGGUCCUUCUGGUCCUUAUCCUGGCGGUUGUGGGCUUCGGUGCCCUGAUGACUCAGCUGUUUCUAUGGGAAUACGGCGACUUGCAUCUCUUUGGGCCCAAUCAGCGCCCAGCCCCCUGCUAUGACCCUUGCGAAGCAGUGCUGGUGGAGAGCAUUCCUGAGGGCCUGGACUUCCCCAAUGCCUCCACGAGCAACCCCUCCACCAGCCAGGCCUGGCUGGGCCUGCUCGCUGGUGCCCACAGCAGCCUGGACAUUGCCUCCUUCUAUUGGACUCUCACCAACAAUGACACCCACACUCAGGAAGCCUCUGCUCAGCAGGGCGAGGAGGUCCUCCGGCAGCUGCAGACUCUGGCACCCCGAGGUGUGAAGGUCCGCAUUGCUGUGAGCAAGCCCAAUGGGCCCCAGCCCCAGGCAGACCUGCAGGCCCUGCUACAAAGCGGUGCCCAGGUCCGCAUGGUGGACAUGCAGAAGCUGACCCAUGGCGUCCUGCACACCAAGUUCUGGGUGGUGGACCAGACCCACUUCUACCUCGGCAGUGCCAACAUGGAUUGGCGCUCCCUGACCCAGGUCAAGGAGCUGGGUGUGGUCAUGUACAACUGCAGCUGCCUAGCUCGAGACCUGACCAAGAUCUUCGAGGCCUACUGGUUCCUGGGCCAGGCGGGCAGCUCCAUCCCGUCAACCUGGCCCCGGCCUUAUGACACCCGCUACAAUCAAGAGACUCCAAUGGAAAUCUGCCUCAAUGGAACCCCUGCUCUGGCCUACCUAGCGAGUGCACCCCCACCGCUGUGUCCGAGUGGCCGCACCCCAGACUUGAAGGCCCUGCUCAACGUGGUGGACAAUGCCCGGAGUUUCAUCUACAUCGCGGUCAUGAACUACCUGCCCACCAUGGAGUUCUCCCACCCACGCCGGUUCUGGCCUGCCAUCGACGAUGGGCUGCGGCGGGCUGCCUAUGAGCGGGGCGUCAAGGUACGCCUGCUGAUCAGCUGCUGGGGACACUCUGACCCCUCGAUGCGGGCCUUCCUGCUCUCCCUGGCUGCCCUGCGUGACAACCACACCCACUCCGACAUCCAGGUGAAACUCUUUGUGGUCCCUGCGGACGACGCCCAGGCCCGAAUCCCUUAUGCCCGCGUCAACCAUAACAAGUACAUGGUGACUGAACGGGCCACCUACAUCGGAACCUCCAACUGGUCUGGCAGCUACUUCACCGAGACGGCAGGCACCUCGCUGCUGGUGACACAGAACGGGCGGGGUGGCCUGCGGAGCCAGCUGGAGGCUGUGUUCCUGAGGGACUGGGACUCCCCUUACAGCCAUGACCUUGACGCUGCCGCCGACAGCGUGGGCAACGCCUGUCGCCUGCUCUGAGGCCCGGUCCGAUGGCCAGGCCAGGCCUGCAAGGCCCCUGCAGGCCCAGGUGUUCCAGGUCUCCAUCCCCUGUCCCCAUGCCCUCUGCUUCUGUCUGACCCGUUGUGACUCCAGCAGGCUCCCCCUUCGCAACCACCCCCACCCCAGCCUCCCAUCUCUACCUCCGCCCCCACUGGCCUGAUGCUGUGGCCCCAGAGGACCCAGCCGAGCUGCGGGCGGGCUCAGUCCCCAGAAGGGGAAGUGGGGGUGCAUGCUGGGCCUAGCCUCCCUGGCCCACCCCACUUCCCAGGGGCCCAAGGUCAUAAUAAGAAGUAAAUAACUUGUCUGUA